GUAUUUUUCGAGAAAAACUUAAUCAAUUUAUAUAUAUGCGUGCGUGUGUUGCUUGCGCUUACAUGUGUAAACAAUAUAUUUUAAAUAUAAUCGACGUAAUAAUUACAAAAAGCGUAAAUAACUCUAUUAAGCAAAAAUAUUUAAAAAGAUAUCUUGUUUACGAUCAUAUCUAAAAUCUAGGAAUCCUUUGUGUGCAAAUAGCGUGCGUAGGCGUAACAAAAUUAUCUUACAAUUAGAUCAUUUGAUGAAUGUCGAGCAGUGCCCGAUGUCCUUCGCAUACAAACGAGUAAAUAAAUCUUUUCCUAUUAUAUUUCCGCAAUACACUCAGGCAUAGACUUAGGCGUGAUCCACGGAAAAAUUACUUGAGUGUUACGGUAACAUUGUGCUACCGUAUUACCUCUGUGCGUCAUCAAGUGCAUCGGGGAAAAAAAAAGAUUGGCGCCGCGACACAUGUGUUAUUGUCAUUUAAAGUCUGCUGGAAAAAAAAUAUUCAUGUUGAUAACAUACUAGUACAAGGACAGACUUCGAGUUUUGCAAUAACAAUUGCUGACAUUGACGCUGAUAAUCUUUUACACUCUCUUAUCUUUUAUUUUUUCUAUGUUUAUCACGUUAUAAAUUACAUCACGAUCAUAUUACAAUUUGUCAGUGAUCAGUUCUUGAUACGAAACUGAUUAAUCGAUUUCUUAAUUGUCUAAUUAGUAUUAAUUUAUAUUAAUUAAUACUAAUAAGUAUUUUUAAAAAGUAAUUAAUAUUAAUAAGAUAUUUUAGAAUAAUAAUAUGACUCACAGCUAUAAAAAUAAAAAGGUUACAAUGUUACGUCAAAUUCAUUUUUCAUGAUAAAAUUGAACUUUUAUGUAUCAAUAUUUUUGAUAAUAUAUAAUUAGUAGUAAUAAAAUAAGUGUCUUUUAAUUAAAUUUUAAGCAAAUAAGAAAAUUACAUUCUUCAAUAAAAACAGGAAAGUCACGAGAUUUAACGUGCCCUCUCACUCGCUAAUAAGAAGAUUAUUUGCCAAAGAAAUUCUAUUCGUUAGCGGAUGUUUAAUACUCUAAUGUAUAAUCUUGUUAAGAUUGUACAUAAGCGUGCAAGUGCUAUAAUCAUAAAUUUCAUAAAGUAAUGCUAUGUAAGGAAAAUCAUGCGUAUAAACUGCGUACAUUAAACUUGAUGGCAGAAUGAUAUUGCGCUAAGCAAAUUUAUUUGUGCGAGAAAUCAAGAGUAAUAAUUCGUCCUUCUUAAGAAGAUGGCCGGAAGAGAAAUAAGACGGUCUCUGCGUCUAAUCUUAAAGAUCCAAGGUUUUUUUCCUCAUGUCUUGGACUGGAUAGAGUAUACGAUAACAUACAUAUAAUAAUGCGCAGAUGUAACUGACGUCCACGUAACACAUAUUUAAUACUCCAAGGAUUUGCGUAGUACGCCCACCUUGGUGUAAAUAACAGUCACACAUAAGAAGCAACACACACAAAUUACCAUAUAAAAAUUCAAGUACAAUUAAUAGUAUCAAUUUCUUUUAUAUACAUAAAAACUUUAUAAAGAAAUUAUUUAUUUAAAAUUAAGAAGUUUACUGAUUCUUAAAAUGGAUCUUGAAAAAUACAAUAGAACCAUAAAAAUAGAAAUUCUUACAGAAGCAGAUUCAUUGAAAACUAAUGUAGUUAUUUCACAUAAUUUUAAUUUUUCUUUUAAUUUUAAUAUUCUUUUAUCUACAUUUUCUUAUUAUUAAACUAUUAAAAAAUGUAUAUACAAAGGAACAUUAGAUUAAUGGGUUAAAAAAGCUGCUUCUGCAAAUAGCUUAUUUUUUCGAAAUGGUACUCCAAAAAUAUAAAGAAUGCAUUAAAAAGAGAAAGACAAUGUACACAAUUUUCAAGCUUUAGAGAAACCAAUAGAAAAAUUUAAAAACUUGAAAUUUACUAACCUAAUUAUAAUUUGUAUAAUACUUAUUUAUAAAUGUUUCUUUUUACAAAUUAUAUAUAUAUAUUUAUAUAAAAGAUUAAUAAUUUUAUAAAUUUGCAUUAUAUUGAUAUUAAUUAUUAUACAAAUGAGCAAAUUGACAUCGUUAUACCAAAGAUCAAAUAGUUAAAUAGAAAACUUGGCCUCGAUCUCUCGGUUUCAAAGUGCUUGUCCGAUUGCACUCAUCGCUAAUUAUCGUAAACAGUCGAGUACCGUUUCUCAUCCUCGCGGCGAAAAGUUAUAAAGGCGAUCGCGCAAUACACACGAUCAAGAGAUUAUUUGUACACUCGAUUGACCUCCUAUUGUAUCUGAUAUCGCAAUAACGCCCGCACACAGAGCAAAAGUUACGAUACCACGACUCGUCGGUCAAAGAAAAGCAGAAUACUUCUCUUAAUACCUUCAUGCUGAUGAUUCUCGGCCUGUGCAGCCUCGCGAGCGGCUGUUUCAUACUGCUCUGCCACCCCUACGAAAUGAUAUUCAAGUGGAAGGUAUCCUUCAGCGAGGGCGGUGAGACCUUCGAGUUAUGGCGGAAACCGCCGGUCGACCUUUACGUCAAGAUCUACUUGUUUAACGUGACAAAUCGCGACGAGUACUUGAAAGGCGAGGAAAGCAAGAUACGAUUCCAAGAAGUUGGGCCCUACGUGUACAAGGAAUCAUUCGAGCAUGCGGAUGUAAUCUUCAAUGAGAACGGUACCUUGUCGGCGAUACCUGUGCAUCCACUAAAAUACGUUCCAGAAAUGAGCAACGGUACAGAAGAGGACCUUGUAAUAAUGCCUAACAUUGCAUUGUUUAGCAUCACGAACGUGAUGAAAGACGCAGCGUACCUAACCAGGUGGGGCCUCAACACAUUAAUUCGUCAGACAGACACUCGUCCCCUGGUUCAAAUGACCGCACGUGAAUUCAUGUUUGGUUACCAAUCGACUCUUGUUACUCUUGGCAAUCAUUUAAUGCCGUCUUGGAUCCAUUUCGAUAAAUUGGGAUUAAUCGAUAGGAUGUACGACUUCGACGGUGAUUCCGAAACGAUUUACACGGGAGAGACAGAUAUUCGAAUGACAGGCUUGAUCGAUACGUAUAAUGGGGACGUGAAUCUAUCGCAAUGGACUGGUAAAUGCGCGAAUGUGCAAGGCGCGAGCGAUGGCGCUAAGUUUCCAAGCUACAUCCAACCUAACGACACGCUUCUCUUCUUUCGCAAGAGCCUCUGCCGAAGUGCACGAUUGGUACGAAUUGGAGAACAGGUAAUAGAAAGCUUGGACACGUACAAAUACACAUUCAGGGAAAACGAAUUAGAUAACGGAGCAGUGAAUCCAGAAAAUAAAUGCUUCUGUCGUCAAGGACGCUGUCUGCAGGCUGGCUUAAUCGACGUGACCGAUUGUUACUACGGAUUUCCAAUCGCCCUGUCGUACCCACACUUUUAUAAGAGCGACCCAUCGUUGCUAGAAGCCGUGGACGGAUUGAACCCCAAGAAGGAGCUACACGAAUCCUAUUUCUACAUUCAGCCAAAAUCUGGACUACCCGUGAAACUGGCAUCCCGAUUUCAGAUUAACAUGGCUCUACAGGAUAUCGGACACAUGGCCAGAGUGGAAAAGUUCCCCGGGUUAACGAUUCCAAUGCUAUGGUUCGAAAUUGGAAUGUACAAGCUACCAACAGUCAUGAAAACACGUUUCUGGUUUUACUUAAACUUCAUGCCGGUGGCAGAAGAAGCAAUAAUGUAUCUACUAUUCAUUUCUGGAAUUGUGUUAUUCAUCUGGAGCAUCAUGAGAAUACUGACUGGCCAGACGAAAAAAUCAUCAUUGGAAUUGUUGGAAAUGAAAAAGAAAAAACAAAAGAUGCAAACCAACAAGCAAAUCGACUCGAAGGAAAAAGAGACGGAUGUGUACAACACGCUUUUGUCUUCUAACAAUCCAAAUCUGACGUUAAUAGUGUGAUUACAUGAUUUAAAGCGAUCGAGCGAAUGGACAAGACAUUUUUUUUCAAUAACUUUCUGACUAUCAUUUUUAAUUGCUAUUGGCGAAACAGUGUGCUAAUACAGAUGUAAGCAUUAUUUGCUAUUUAUAUAUACUAUCAUAUAUAUAAAUAUCAUAUUUUGUUAGAUAUACAAUCUUUAAAGUGAUAUCCACAAACAUCGAUAUCACUCGAUUUAAUCGAUUCUAAUUAAAUUAAUUCAAGAACA